CCUCGAGGCACCGCGAAGCAUUUAUAUCCAUGUGCAGAGGAUAAAUAGUUAGUGAAGCACUCUAGCUCAGCGCUUCUCGAGGGAAGAACCUACAAUACAAGGAACUUACUUUCCACAAAUUGUUAUUUCAUCUCUAACGCUGGAAUUGCACAUUCGUUUUUCAGAACUUUCAAGGUUUCUAAAACCAGUCGUGGCACAAUCUACAACAGUUGCCUCGUGCAUUGAAGGAUCCUAGUUGGUCCUCCAUGAGAGAUCUACUGCGACAGAAAACUGCCGAAAAAGAAAUGUCUGCAACCAUGUUGUCCGCUUUGUACGAUAUCGACAUGCUUUACAAGGUAAAGUAUAUUUCCCCAUUGUAGAUGGAAAGUCUCUGUUAUUUACCAGGCUGAUAGGUUAAGCAUGCAUUUUACUUUCAGUAGGCUACAAUUAGCUACAGAGAGCACGCCGCUUGUUAGCAGGCAAUAACUUGUUGCUAGCGUGAGCCCUCCGUUUUUCAUUGUUACUAGUUUACGUUUUCACUCAUCAGAAUUGAAUAUGCAUUUGGCCAAAACCGUAUUAGUUUAAAUGCAUUGAUUAUGGUUCUCUUCUCUCCCAACAGCAAGAUAAAACUAUGAACAUGAACGCUAUGAAUCACAUCAAUAGCAUGCUGGAUAAUAAAGCUGUGGGGGCUCCAGUGACAACUACACAGAGUUCCAACAGUUUUUCUUUCACGCCGGGAUUUUUUCGUAGAAACUCGACCAGCAACAUGGAAGCAGUGAUCAACAGCAACAAGUACUCCUACAGUAAUUUGAAGGAGAACACGAGCAGCAGCACUGCCAUUAUGAACAAGGAGAAUAAGUUCCGCGACAGGGCAUACAGCGAGAAUGGUGACCGCAGCCAGCAGCUGCAGGUCCUGCAGCAGAAGCCAGGCUCUCAGAUCAACUCCACCCGCUACAAGACCGAACUCUGCAGGCCUUUCGAGGAGAACGGAGCAUGCAAAUAUGGAGAGAAGUGCCAGUUCGCGCAUGGCUACCACGAGCUGAGAAAUUUGUCUCGUCACCCCAAGUACAAAACCGAGCCCUGUCGCACUUUCCACACUAUUGGCUUCUGCCCCUACGGUCCCCGCUGUCAUUUUAUCCACAACGCUGAUGAGCGCAGACCCGCUCCAAUUAACGCCAACAUGCAGGGGGAACCCAAGUCGGCUCGGGAGCUCUGCGGCUAUGGUCAAAGGGAUGUUGUUCCGCAGCAAGGCGAGUACAACCGGGACAGACCAAAGCUUCACCACAGCCAGAGUUUUUCUGGCUUUUCCAGCCACCACGAACUUGAGUCGCCACUGCUCGAGAGCCCCACGUCGCGCACCCCACCACCCUCUUGCUCUCCCAACUAUUAUGAGGACGUACUGUCUCCCAACUCCAUGUCUUGUGUGAACAGUGCAUUCAAUUUUCCUGGGCAGGACCUGAAAGCCUUACUUGCUCCCCUGGCCGUGCAUACUCAGAACGGCUAUGCCAACAACCAGUUCAAUGCCUACUACGGAAACAUUCAAGCUAACGUGUGCCCCCCUUCUCCCCCCUCAUACAACAUGAGCCACUUGCAGUCCCUGCGCCGCCUCAACGAGUCGCCGGUGUUCGACUCACCUCCUAGCCCACCCGAUUCCCUCUCAGACCGUGAGAGCUAUGCGAGCGGGUCCCUCAGCUCUUCUGGGAGUCUCAGCGGCUCAGAGUCACCAAGUUUGGAUGCUGGGAAACGUCUGCCAAUCUUCAGCAGGCUGUCGAUUUCAGAUGACUAAACAUCCUAUGUUAUUUUCAAUGGAUGAAAAUUAUCCUUGACAUGGCAUUAGUUGUUUUUCCUUUUUGUAAUGGUAUAGCUGUAUAAAAGUAGAUAUCAACAGAAGGCAUUCCAUCAGCGACUUAUUUGAGCUGCAAUUAAUGGCUAUAUUUUGGUCUAUCAGGCAAGCCACACUUCCCUGGGAUAGAUGUGUACAAGACUUGACACUGAAGAGACUGUAAAGUGGUUUCAGAUUUCCUCCAUCCUGCCAAGAAUAUGCCUUGACACAAUGUAACAUUUAUUUUCAAAGUAUGUGUUCCUUUCUGAACGUUUAAACUUCCAUUCCAGGACUUUAAUCUGUUUCACAGCACCACAACAGUGGUUUGUUAGUAUAGUUGGUUGCUUAGUUGAAAAGCACUCUCGUUCGGUUUGUUUGGGGAAAUCACUGCUGAUGGUUGAAUCAUAUUUUUAUUAUUUUUUUUUUUUAGCUGUUUUGAGUGUUUUACAUAGCAGUGUGUAACUGGCUAUAAACUAUUUAACUUAUUUAUUAUCUUGUGAAAAGUAUAGGCUAUACAUCAUUGGUAAUUUGUGUCCAUACUGUAUUUAUCAAGUAUGAUGAAGCAAUAGAUCUAUAUUCUUUUAUGUUUAAAUUAUGAUCGCCAUUAUUAAUCUGCAUAAAGUGGAGUGUUCUUUUCACAGUAAUAUAUAUAUUUUGUUUUUGGUUUCCUUUUGUAACUUGGUUAUUUUUAUUGUAAAUGAGUUUUAAAAAAAAAAUCUUAAUUUAAGAGAACGUAUGUGAUAUUUAUUUCAUUAAUUUUGUUUACGUUUAUUAAAACAAAACUUUGCGUGAUUGCUGUUUGUUCUGAGUUUGCUUGUAAGAGCUGUGGAAGCCGUUUUGAGUCCCUAUCUAGAUGUUUCUGUAGAAUGUAUAAAUGAUGUGGUUGUGCAGACCGUCCAAACCUGAGCUAGCCUUAUGUUUUUUUUAUUAUAUAGAUCAGACUUCAGUGACAAAGAACCCAAGUAAAUAAAUUAACCAAAAAAAGUGUUUUUCUUUUCUUCUGUUUGCACGAGGUCACACUGUGAUUCCAGCCACGUGCUAAAGAAUGUAGCAAUCCCUUGUGCCCCAGUAUUAUUGUGUAGUGCCUACGGAGUUCACCAUCUUACAUGCCUUAACAUUAACCAAAUAAAGUAUUUUUCCUACAUGUAUCUUUUACACAAGUUGAAUUGAAUGUAGUGUUGGAGCUGAAUUACUUUUGCAGGUUCUUACCACUUUUAUAAGACACCCUGGGACAACUAUACCUUUUUGAAAUUCCCCAUUUCUCUACACUUAUUUAGAUUGUUUGACUAGUUCAAUCUCAAUGGAGAAAAAAAAGCAGUUUUCAGAAUAUGCUGGACGGGGAAGGGAUUGAACGUUUUGUACAUAGUAUGUACUUUUUGACUACUUUCAGAAGUAAAGCUUUUUGAAUGUAACUAAAAACGGACAAAAAUACGAGUUGUCAUAUUUUUUUGUGGGGGGGGUCGGUUCACUACAAAUUGAGUGUAAGACUUAACUUUGUACUGUACAUUUUUU